GUGCUGCGAAAUAGCCGUGCGCGGAUCAUCGCUUCAAAACGCUUUUAACCGUAUACCUAACAGUAUCUAAUCAAUUCGUGCAACUCAUCGACGCGCACGCAAAGUAUUAUCGUCCCGUAUUAGGCGCUGCACCUACACAUGCAUAAUCCUCAAUAACGAGCUAAAAGCAUCGCAAUCCGCGUCGGGAGAAGAAGAGAGAGGGAAUCAGGUUCCCUUCCCGUUGCGAAACUGGUUCUUUGUGUUCCGCGGUUCCAAGUAGUCCGCGUGAGAAGACGACGUGACCGCGCGGCGCUGCUGAUGCACUGCACCGUGCACGAGUAUUAUUCGAAAACACGCGGGAUGCAACGGUCUCACGCGCGCGCAUACGUAGCUAUAAAUUAUACAGGCUGUACUUGACACACACUUUUCCGCGCUAUGCACUCGAUCCGGAGGCAGGCGCCCGCACAUGUUGUAUCUCGCUUAUCGGCGCCGAGAGAGAUGCGUCCCUCGUCUUCUGCAGGAGUGCGAGAAGAUCGUAAACGCUGAUUGCGGUAUAUUAACACUUGACGGAAGAGCAAACUUUGCGAGCUGCUGCUGCGGACAAAGGCGCGCCAUUACAAGAGAUCGCCCGGUGCAAUGACACUCGGCGACGGCGCGCAAUACGGCAACCCGAAGAAAGCAAAAAGGCUCUAGGUGCCUUAUAACCAGUUAACCAGCAUACGCACACAUAUGUAACGUACGGUACACACGUACGCGCGAAAGCAGCGGCGGCAGUUUUCUCUCGCACAGCGAGUAAGUACACACGGAGUGUACAGAGAGCAGGGAGCGAGAAGCGGCGGCACAGGAACCCCAUAUGUAGUCCUCCCGAUCACAGUCUCUCGCGCACAGUGCGCACGCACACUCCCACGCGCAGGUGCUCUCUAGCGCGGAGCUCGCUCUCACUCGGCGGCGAGAGAAAAGGACGCAAGUUCGCGCAUACACACUACUGACGUCGACGCGGCGAGCUUGACACUGUGUACACAUACUUACUCGCGACUCUGCAGCAGCAGCAGCAGCACAGCAGGGUUGGGCGCUCGGCAGCACGGGAAGAGCAGUGUAGUGGGCCAGCGGCUCCGACGCUGCGACGACGAGCUUCAAUGGAGAUAUUAUCCACUGCGGCGGCGGCGAUAACGCAUCGUAAUUGCAGUGCGUGUACAGUGAGCGUGUUUACGCAGCUUGUGUAGUUCGACGUUCGAGUAUAUAACAAGCAUACGCUGCGUAUAUGCAGAUCGGCGAGAGAUCAAAAAUGAAAGUGCCGCGGGGAGGAGGUGUAGCCGUCGCCGCUGCUGCCGCCCGAGCACAACACAACAAUCAAAGGAAAUGGAAUUGAAAUAGAAAGUUUAUACUCUCGGUGCGCGCUGUAUCGAAUAUAUAAAUCGUGUAUCCGUGGGCUGUACAGCUAAAUCGUGUAUACAUACAUAAAGGCGCGGGCGCGCGCGCGCGCACACGCACGCAAGAGUAUAUAAUCUGCGCGCGGCCGGAGCCGAGGGGAGCAGCGAGACAAACGGCGGGAGCGAGAAAAGGAGAGCGCGAGCAAGUGCGUGUGAGAGAGAAAGAGAGGGGCAGAGAAAGGAGAGAAAGGGAGAGGCUCGCGCGCGCCAAGCUCGGGAAGAUGGCUUCCAUCGGCAGCGGCGGCGUUGUCGGCACUGCCGCCGAACUCACGAGUCCGACCUCCUCGACCUGCAGCAGCGUCGACCUCGUCGAAGUGCCCCAGUGGAAGCGCGAGCUCAUCCAGCGACGCAAACAGAGAGAGCUCCUCGGCGCUGCGGCCAGCAACGGCGCUGCUACCUCUACCUCGGCCAGUUUAGUUAGGUCGUCCACCGCUACCACCACCACCACCUCCUCGCGUACCAGCGGUAGUGGGGCCGCGCCGGACUCGCCGCCGAGCAACAACGCGCCAGCAGCCAUACCGUCGUCGGCCGACGAUGCUGCAGCGCCUCUAGCAGCAGCAGCAGCCUCAGAUAUGCGUCUCGAAGCGCCGGACGCCGCUCCGUUAUCUACCGACGAGGACGAGCUUAUCGGUGGCAGGCCGCCAGCCAGCGGCAAGUGCAGAGCCGCCUCCAAGGAAGUCCUCGACAUCGUCGAGCUCGCCAACAAGAUGCGGGCCACCAACAACGCCAAGCUCGACAUCGUCGCGCCCUCCAGGACCAAGCAGCAGGAGGACUGCGAGAGCGACAGCUCCGAGGAGCUGCAGUACGGGCCCGGAAUCGUGCACAAGCUUCGCAGCAAGUACCUCAACAUGACUCUGCGAGAGAUGAACAAGAACCGCGCGUCGGUGCAGUGCUUCAGGAGAGCCGCGAGUCUCGAGGACCUGCUGGACCACAAGGACGAGGCUGCUGAGAAGACCAGGAGGUAUGCCAAAAAGAACGUCACAGGCGCCGCCGCCAAAGUCGAGAGGUACAGGAACGCCGCCCGGGGCAACGAGUCCAUGAAGAGGGCCAGGAGCGUGGAGACUCUCAUGAGGUACAACUCUGCACCCGAGGAGGCUGUCACCCAGAACCACUCCAGCCGCCUUGCGCCCAAUAUCUUCAAGCAGGAGAACGAUCACAUUAUCCUGGUCGACAGAACCACGGUGAAGAUCGAGAACCGCCUUGACAAGGACAGACUGAAACCCAUCAACAAGCCCAAGAGAGUGAAGCCCGUGCUGGCAGACACUGAGAGACCACCGCCGGAUCUAGUCAAAAACAACAUGCGCAUUUUUGAGAGCUCUUCUGUCAAGAAGCUCAAGCCCAAGGGUGAAGUCGCCGUGAAAGUUGCUACCUUUAAGACUAUUAACGACACGUUCAAGGCUCAAAACCAAAAGAAAAUCAUUCCAAAGCCGCCUCUACAACCAAAACCCUUUGUCAAUGGUAAUUCCAAGAUGUCCACUUCUCCCAGGAAGAUAAUCAUCCAGCGCAAGCCUACUGCUGAGCUGAUUGAACAGCAGAACAGUCAAGAUUCGUAUCACAACGACGGUGUCAUCACGGAGCCUAUAGUGCAGUCCGUCUCCUCUGUAGUUAGCAAAUUCCAGCAGAUAGAGAAGUCUUACUCUCCUUCUUCGUCGCCAGAGCCUUCUUACAACAAGUUCAAAUUCUCGCCGGUACCAAGCCCAGAGCCCUCGGCAGUAAGAGCAAAAGUGUCUUCACUAGAUAUAAAAUCACCCACGACAACACCAAUUCCAUCGCCAAGAACUUCACCACCCAAGAUCCAAUCACCAUUGUCUCCAAAGCCAGAUAUACCGAAAUCACCUUCCAGUUUCAUGCAGAAGCCUAUUGUGAAUUCUACGCCAAUUUCAAAUAAUACAAACGACCAACCCAAACUUCCUGUACCGGAAUUGCCAAAACUCGAUUUUGAAAAAGAGAAGGACGAGCCUUCUGUGGAACAAGUGCAAGAAACUACGGUAGAAAUGAAUAAUCAAAAUGCAGAAGAAGCUGCGAAUGAAGUGUCUAAGCUAAGUGACUCCACUCCUUCUUCACCAGGAUCAACUGUGCUCGUUGAAAGUUUUGAUGAAAGUGUAGAAUCAGUAGUUGAUAGCCCUAGAACAGUUUCUAAAUCUGCUUUGGAUAAUAUAAGUAAAGCAGGAAUGACGGUGCAGUUUAGUUUCAACGAUCAUCCUGCGAUCAAGAAUUACUUGCCCAGGUCUGCCUCCACUCCACAGCCAGCUGAGGAAAAUUCUCCAGAGAGCGAGGUUGCAUCAUCAAAAUUAGUAGAAGAGAAAUGCAAGUCUCCCUGUUCUCUGGAAUUGGAGAGUGUAGCUCUUGUCUCGGAAAUCAUCUCAACAGCUGCCGAGUCUCCCACUAAACCUCAGGAGAGACUCCAGGAGGAGAUAAUGGAUGAAAUUAUUUACAAAGAAGAGAAUGUCAAUAUUGUUGAGAACAAGCCUAUUGGCGCCAUCUCAAGCCUGAGCCUUAUCAAAUCAACGACCACCACAAGUUUUUCACAAGGUAACGAAUCGAAAACCAUAAGAACCCAAAAGUCAGAGACGUCAAACUCGCCACCUCAAAAGCAAAUAGGCAUCAUCAGACCUUUGGUCUCCACCAAGACUCAGUUACCCCAACAGAAUCUAAGCAACCGGGAGAUAGAGAAGAACUUGAUCAACCGCGUGAAGAGCAUCGAGCAGCCCACAAAAGUAGUAGUGAGUUUGAAAAGUGCUGAGGAAAUACAGCCAGUGAAGAAAAAUAACUCCAGUGGUGGCCUUUGGGAUUCCAAGCCGUGGAAUCAGCAGAACAACACGAUGGUUUUCAACUUCAGCAACAGGAAAGAUGUUCCCGACUACAUCGAGAACGACGGCUUAAUCAUCAAGAGGAAGCGUGAUAAACCAAGGCAGUCCAGCGACAACAGCGGCGUGAUCGUAUCAAACAUCGACUCCGUCCAGCUGACCGACGACUCGGACACCGAGUACUCGGUGGGGCCGCCUUCCCCCUGCGACGUCGCCUUUUACAACGACAAUGUCCUCAUCAACGGGCGCAGCAACCUCUCGAGGACACCGCGCAACCACAAGCAUCGGAUCCAAUUCGACGACACGGCCACGCGCACCUUCGAAUACCCGAGCGAGGCCUCGAUGCUGCUCGAGGCCGAAGCCACCAGCAGCCUGGACGGCGAAACUUCCGCUUCCGGCGACGCGGCCGCUGGAGCAGCAGCCGCUCGCUCCGCCGGCCCCAGCGGUACUUUGCCCUCUCUACUCGGCGGAAGUGGUCUGGCGAGUUAUACCCCAAGCAAAGUCGACCUGGCUUCAGAGGGUUUCGAACUCGGUGUUACGCGGGCGACGAUGUCAACGUUGGCCUCGCCCCAGUCAGCGACACCACCUCAACAACUGCAGCAGCAGCACGAAGAGGACAAAGUGGACUACCUGAAGCCAUCGCAGGACCCUGGCACGUGGGGGCAGGAGACGGCGGCCGACAUGCUGUACUGAACAUACAUACAUACACUUGCAUAGACAGAUACGUUCGCCGGGCGCAACGAGGCGUUUCGAAUUUUUCUCGUUUCCUAGCGUGCAGAACCGCGCACACACAGACACAGGAAAACCGUACAGCCUGACUUUUUUCUAAUUAGGCAAUUAUUUCUAAUCGUGGAGAGAAAUAACAAGACGUCCAACCGGCUAACUUGGUACGAUUGGAAGAGAGUAUUAGAGGUUGAUUGCGAGAUAAUGAUGAUGAGUAUGAAUUAGGAGAGAAGGAGAUAAAGAGCUUUCACGGAGGGUGGACCGGUAGCAUUCCAUUAUACAAGCAUUUACUUACUAAUUUAAUGAAUUCCUCGUAAAACUGCCAAAAGCGAAAGACUUGCAAAAGUGUGCCGCGCGACGCGUCAUGUGUAGACGCGGAGAGCGAGCGCGCGCGCGUCCUCUGAUUGAAUUGGGUAUAUUAUAUCUUUCAUUUGCGCGAGGAGAACCGCGCCAACUGCGGCUUUCUUCCUCUUUUCGACGACUUUUCGCGCAACCGCAUUUACGAGAGUUGCAAUUAAAAAUACAAAACAAAUAAGGAAACAGCAGGUGAUAAAGAUUUUGAAACUUUUUGAGAUUAAUUUAAGCUAGGAAUGCUUUGAGCUAUACACAUUUAGUAAAAUGCCAGAGUUUUAAGAUGAAUUUUAAAAAUUAGUAGACGUAAGGACUUGCUAGAAUUAACGACGUUUGCGAGGCGGAAGAUUGAAAAGUAGGCUAAGCCAGAAAAAAAGGAACAAAAUACAAAAAAGAAUUUGAAUUCGUAAAAUUUUGCCGAUAUAAGGCAUAAGUUUACUUAGAAUAUUUCGUGUAUAGGUAUUAUGUACAAUAAGCCGCCGUUUCUAAGAAUGAAAAAUUGUAGAUUUGUACAUUUGAUGAAUUUUCGAUGCUAACAAAGCAUUCUUCACUCGUGUUAAGUGAUGUUGAUCGUCAGGAAGAAAAAAUUGUAAGCGCUUAUUGUUUGUAUU